AUCGUGGGGAUGAAUGUUAUAGAAGACCUCGAAGCGCUCUUUAUCGCAGACGGGGGUCGCGUCCACAUGGAUCCCCACGCUCCAGGCGAGACAGAGGCCACCAUCCGUCGGUUGAUAGCCCGAGCGAGGAAGGAGUUCCCGCGCACGGGUCCGGGGGGCAAAAUCGGGUUCGUCAAGGUGGCCGGCAGGGAACCCGUUAUCAUCCCCCCGAGGAGCGAGAAAGUGGUGGAGGGCCGUUGCGGGGUCUCACCUAGGGUUGAGUGCCAAGUGCUGGCAGAGGCGGCAAAAGAGAUAGAGCUGCCGCGGGGACUGUUAGUUGCCAACACUAUUGCGACAACCAGUGGUGGAAGAAUCCCUCUCAGAGUGAUGAACACAAGCGAGAGGGCUGUCAAGCUGAUGCCAAGAGCCAGGCUUGCCGUUGUAAGCAAACCACGAGCUGUGCUCCCCAAAGAGGUUGUACGGGUAGAGGAGAGAGAGGGGGCACUCGUGGUUAAGCCGCUGGGUCAGGGUGAGAGUAUAGCGACAGGGGGCGAGGUUGGGCAGUUGCCGGUCCCUGUACAGGCUAACACCCGGGACCUCACGGAGCUACAGCGUCAAAAGCUUUGUCGGCUGUUAGCCCAACACCAAGACGUAUUCUCGGCAAGCGAAGUCGAUUACGGCUACACCACCACGGUGACACACAGUAUCCCCACCGAGGCACCCCCAAUCAAACAGAGGCACCGAAGGGUCCCACCCCAUGUCUUUCAAGAGUUUAAGAGGCAUGUUCAGGAGCUCGUUAGCCAGGGGAUCCUUAAAGAGAGCUCCAGUCCAUGGGCCUCACCUGCGGUGGUGGUUAUUAAGAAAGAUGGAAGUGUUCGAUUCUGCUGCGAUUACAGGCGGCUGAACGAAGUGACGUGCAAAGAUGCCUACCCACUUCCCCGCAUCGAAGAGUCGUUGGAUGCGCUUGGCAAUGCGCUGUUAUUCUCGACCCUGGACCUGACCGCAGGCUACUUCCAAGUGGCCAUGAGCGAAAGGGACAGGGGAAAAACGGCGGUUACAACACCAUUUGGCUUGUUUGAAUGGACUCGGAUGCCAUUUGGCUUGUGCAACGCCCCAGCCACUUUUCAGCGGCUGAUGGGUAUGGUACUGGGGGACCUCAGUUUUGAUAUACUCCUUGUCUACCUGGAUGACAUUAUAGUCUUCUCCCGGGACUUUGACAGUCACUGCGAGAGGCUUGAGACAGUGUUCGAACGUUUGAAGCAGCACGGGUUGAAGUUGAAGCCGACCAAAUGCUUCCUUCUGCGGCCGGAGGUUAAAUUCCUUGGCCACGUGAUUUCUGCUAAAGGCGUCCAGGUAGAUCAAGAAAAGGUCAAGGCCCUGGAGGCAUGGCCGGCUCCAAGGAGCGUGCGAGAGGUGAGGCAGGUGCUUGGAUUCAUGAGCUACUACAGGCGGUUUGUGCCAAGGUUUGCACAGUUGGCCAAGCCUCUGCAUGCCCUGGUUGGGAAAGGGUUGAAAAACACGUCGAGGGGCACCCAGACGUUUGUUUGGACCAGUGAGUGCCAGGAGGCACUGGACGAGCUGAAACGGUGCCUGGUGUCCCCUCCAAUCCUGGCCUAUCCCAACUUUGGCCUACCCUUUAUAUUGACCACAGAUGGGAGUCUGCACGGACUCGGAGCUGUGCUCAGUCAAAAACAGGAGGGCGUAGAGCGUGUGGUAGCCUACGCGAGUCGGGGGCUGAGAGGCUCCGAGAAGAAUGACAAGAAUUACAGCGCAUUUAAACUGGAACUUCUGGCGCUUAAAUGGGCUGUUACCGAGAAAUUCAGGGACUACCUGAUGUACGCCAGAUUCACGGUAGUCACGGACCAUAACCCGCUGCGCUACCUGGCAACGGCUAACCUGGGGGCUGUCGAACAGCGGUGGGUAGCACAACUCGCUGAGUAUGACUUUGAGGUGUGUUACAAGCCCGGGCGGCAAAACACGAAUGCAGACGUCCUCUCCAGAAUCCCUGACCAAGAGGAACCUGAGCAGGAGGACACGGGCAAGGACUUUAUCAAGGUGGGCCCGGAAGAAGUGCGUGCGUGUCUGUGGCCUGCUAGGUUGGAGGAGGAUGGUAGGGCUGAUCUGAAAGCCAGAGUGCAAGCGACUGCUGGGAAAGCUCUCGGUGGGCACAGCUGGGAGGAGGUCGAAGUGGCUCAGAAAAACGAUCCGGUCGUCGGGCCCGUGUAUCGGGUGGUUGAGAGGGGCACGGAGAUGAGCCAUGCCGAUCUCCACGCGUUAACACCGGACGCGAGGCGGCUUCACCAACAGCUUGACCGCCUUAGGCUUUAUAAGGGUGUACUGUAUAGGCAUGUCAGUGACCCUCGUGAUGGGGAGGAGAUCAGGCAGCUCAUUGUCCCAGGGGCCUUACAACGUAAGGUAUAUGAGAACCAGCAUGAGCAUGGGGGGCAUUUCAGUGCAAAGAGCACCCUCGCGGUGCUGAGAAGGAGCUAUUACUGGCCUACCAUGAGUAGAGAUGUUCAAGAUUGGGUUCAGCAAUGCAGGCGGUGCGCAUUGGCAAAGGAUGUCUUUCCCAACCACAGGGCCCCCAUGACCUGCAGCAAUGUCACCGCACCCCUGGAGGUCCUUGCUAUGGACUAUACGGUGCUAGAAAAGUCUUGUGGGGGAUACGAAAAUGUCCUUGUCCUUACAGACAUGUUCACCAGGUUCACCGUUGCCGUCCCCACCAGAAACCAAACUGCUGAGACGACAGCAAAUGCUUUGCUGAAACAUUGGUUUACCUAUUACGGGUGCCCGGCCCGGUUGCACUCCGAUCAGGGGAGGAGCUUCGAGGCUAGUGUUAUAAAAGAGCUGUGCAGGGCCUAUGGGAUUGCCAAGAGUCGCACCAGCCCUUACCAUCCGCAGGGGAACGCGCAGUGUGAGAGGUUUAAUAGGACCAUGCACGACAUGCUCAGGACACUGCCACCAGAGAAGAAGCGGGAUUGGAAAACGUACUUGCCAGAGUUGGUUAUGGCCUAUAACUCUCGUGAGCACUCUUCCACGGGUUAUGCGCCCUUCUAUCUCCUGUUCGGGAGGGACGCCAGGAUGCCCUUGGACCUCCUGGGAGGGAAAGACAUGAGGGAACCAGAGGCGGACAAUCUGGACGACUGGGUCCGGGACCACCACGAGAGGCUUAGGACCGCGGUGGAGGUAGCAAGCUCGGCUACUCAGGAGGCUUCUAGGAAGAGGAAGAGGAUCUACGACCGGAAGUCCCGCGGCGCCCUGCUUCAGUCCGGUGAUCGGGUGCUGUUGCGCAACCACAAACCCAGAGGCAGGAAUAAGAUCCAGGACAAAUGGGAACCCAACCCUUAUUUGGUGGUGAAACAGAACCACCCUGACAUUCCUGUGUUCACGGUCAAGCCAGAGAAGGGUGGCUCGACGAGGGUUGUGCAUAGGGAUCAGCUCAAAUUGUGCACCUUCCAAGCGCCGACAUGGCGGCUGAAGCAGGCCAAUAGGUUGCCAGCCGAAGUGGAGUCCGAUACAGACUUCAUGGAGGUUGUUUGUGUUCCACCACUCCCCUGUGGGUCGAACCCGAGCGCUCUCGUUGCCCCAGGGGCGGACGAGGUUGGCAACUGUGUCGCCCAGGGGUUGGAGCCGGAUUUAGCGGGGGAGGUACAACCAGUUAUGGCCCUAAGUGAGCCAGAGGAGAGCGAUGAGGCCUCAGAGGCGAGCGAUGAGGUGCACGAGGGGCGAGGGGAGGUUUUGCAGUUUGAACGCCCUUUGAGGCGAACCCGAGGGGUACCUCCUGUGAGGUAUAGAGAUUAUGUUACGAAAUGAAGCCAUGGAUUGCUG